CAAAGCAAAAUCCCAACUUAGUGGGAUUCUCAUUCUCUUCCCACCAUCACAUUCUUUCUCAUUGCUCUCUUAGUAUAUUCCUUUUUUUCCUCUUCUUCUUCACACAUUUUUUACCUUUCUUCAUGUUAUUUCUAAAAAGUUUACCCUUUUUAGCCCUCUUUCUCAAUGCCAUGUGGGUCCCUCCCUCCUUUGCCACUCAACUCAUUUGACAUUCAUCUUUCUCACAACAAUAAAGUCUCAUCUCAUCCCUCUCUCCCUUCAACUCUAUCAUUCUUCAUGUUCCCCAAACUAGGAUUGCUUAGGUUUGUUUUCAUUGAAUAUCAAAGUGGUUUUCAUGUUGUCCCCAAAUUCUUCUAGCAAGGUUGCUUUCAGAAUAUUUAUGAGGUGGUUCAUAUUCAUAGUUGUCUUGAAACUUAGUUCUUCAAUCAAAGAUCCUGAUAUAGAAGGUGAAGCUCUGCUUGAUCUUUUGAAUAGUCUCAAUGAUUCAAAUAAUCAAAUAAAAGAUUGGGAUAGUCAUUUAGUGAGCCCUUGUUUCAGUUGGUCACAUGUAACUUGUAGAAAUGGACAUGUCAUAUCUCUGACUCUGGCUUCAAUUGGAUUUUCUGGAACACUUUCUCCCUCGGUUACCAGAUUGAAAUAUUUGGUUAACUUAGAAUUGCAGAACAACAAUCUUUCAGGCCCCUUGCCCGAUUACAUUGCCAACUUGACAUACCUACAAUAUCUAAAUCUUGCUAACAAUAAUUUCAAUGGUUUGAUACCAACUACAUGGGCUCAACUAUCUAAUCUCAACAAUGUGGAUCUUUCGUCUAAUGAUCUUACCGGAACUAUCCCAACACAACUCUUUUCGGUUCCGAUGUUUAAUUUUUCGGAUACGCGCCUUGGUUGCGGCUCUCGCUUCGAGCAGUCUUGUGUUUCUAAAUCUGAUCGUCCAGAUUCAACGGGCAAAUCAAAAUUGGCAAAAGUCGUGCGAUAUGCGAGCUGUGGUGCAUUUGCACUUCUGAUUCUCGGGGCCAUCUUUACGUAUAGACACCAUCAAAAGGAUAGACACAAAAAUGAUGUCUUUGUAGAUGUUUUAGGUGAAGAUGAGAGCAAAGUUUAUUUUGGCCAAUUAAGAAAGUUUUCUUUGCGCGAACUCCAACUUGCGACUAAAAAUUUCAGCGAAAGCUGUGUAAUUGGCCAAGGUGGCUUUGGAAAAGUGUACAAAGGAAUUCUCUCGGAUAACACAAAAGUCGCGGUGAAACGUCUCACUGAUUAUCAUAAUGCUGGUGGAGAGGCUGCAUUUGAGAGAGAAGUUGAUCUCAUUAGUGUUGCAGUUCAUAGAAACCUUCUAAGACUAAUUGGAUUCUUUUCAAGCUCAACUGAAAGAAUCCUUGUAUAUCCUUUCAUGGAGAAUCUAAGUGUAGCGUAUCAAUUAAGAGAUUUGAAAUCUGAUGAGAAAGGCUUAGAUUGGGCAAAAAGAAAGCGUGUGGCUUUCGGUACUGCACACGGUUUGGAAUAUCUACACGAGCAAUGCAAUCCGAAGAUAAUUCACCGUGAUCUAAAGGCUGCAAAUAUCCUUCUAGAUGACGAGUUUGAACCUGUUCUCGGUGAUUUUGGAUUAGCCAAACUGGUUGAUGCACGGAUGACUCAUGUUACCACUCAAGUGCGUGGUACAAUGGGUCAUAUUGCCCCGGAAUAUUUGUCAACUGGAAAAUCAUCUGAGAAAACAGAUGUUUUUGGAUACGGCAUAACACUUCUCGAACUUAUCACUGGUCAGCGUGCUAUUGACCUCUCUCGGCUCGAAGAGGAGGAAGACGUACUUCUCAUUGAUCAUGUAAAAAAUCUAUUAAGAGAAAAUAGGCUGGAGGACAUAGUGGAUAACAAUUUGGACACGUAUGAUCCGAAAGAAGUCGAAACCAUUCUUCAAGUCGCAUUACUUUGCACCCAAUGCUACCCGGAGGAUCGUCCGACGAUGUCCGAGGUCGUAAAAAUGUUGCAGGGAGUCGGAUUAGCAGAUCGAUGGGCGGACUGGAAACAACUCGAAGAGGCUAGAAAUCAAGAAAUAGAAUUGUCACUCAUGACUCAUCAAUUUCCUUGGAGUGAUGAAUCAACUCUUGAUCAAGAAGCUAUACAACUUUCAAGAGCAAGAUAGGAAUAACAUAAACUGAAGUCAAUUUUGAAAAUGCUGUUGCUUGCAACAUAGAAUAUAAUAUGUAAGGGCAUGUAUACAUACUUAUCUUAAAGUCUGUGCUAUAUAUAGUGAUGAUAUUGUAUAUGUAGAAUCGAAAAGAAAUGAAUGAGAGGGUUUGGUGCAGAUAAUAGAAGUGAAGAUUUAGGUUGCAAUAUAUGUGUAUCACAAUUCACAAUUAUGCAUGUGUCUCUUUCAUUGUA